UCCUGCAUCAGAGAAGCUCCCUGUAAUGUACCUUAUGGAUUCCAUUGUCAAGAAUGUGGGAAGAGAAUAUCUUACUGCAUUUACUAAAAACCUAGUUGCAACAUUUAUUUGUGUAUUUGAAAAGGUGGAUGAAAAUACUAGGAAAAGUUUGUUUAAAUUGCGCUCCACAUGGGAUGAUAUUUUUCCUUUGAAGAAACUAUAUGCACUUGAUGUCAGAGUCAACUCAUUAGAUCCUGCUUGGCCAAUUAAACCUCUGCCCCCAAAUGUGAAUACUUCUAGCAUCCAUGUGAAUCCUAAGUUUUUAAACAAAUCGCCAGAGGAAUCUCCUUCACCUACCUCUGCUGUCACUUCUGGUGCCUCUACUCCUCCAGCUGUUCCUGAAAUACAAAAGAAUUUGACACAGGAGCAACUGAUAAGGCAGCAAUUGCUUGCAAAGCAAAAGCAGUUGUUAGAACUUCAGCAAAAAAAAUUAGAGCUGGAGCUGGAACAGACUAAAGCACAGUUGGCUGUAUCUCUUAGUGUUCAGCAAGGAUCAUCUACUAUAGCUUCAGUUCCAGCACCUUCCAAGCAACACAUGUCUCCCACACCUCAUAUGACAGUUAAGCCACCUCAUCAGCCUGCUGUGCAAUCAGAAAAAACCAAACCAUCCCCAAGUCCUCCGCUUCAUGAUGUCAAAAUAGUAAAUAGGGAUCCUCGACUUAACAGGAUGGCUCAACAUUCUUCUCAUGCUAAAGAUCAAUCUCACAGGAAAGAGUUUCCACCAAACACCACCAGUCAGUCUGAGACCAAGACAAACAAAACAACCCAGGCUGAAAAACAAAGCUCAGCAAAGCAAGAAAAAUUGAAAGCAAGUGAAAAAACACAGAAGAAAGAACUUGACCAGUCAGAAGCAAAAUCUAAAUCACCAUCCCCUUUGAAAAAUAAGCUACCCAAUACUAAAGAUACUAAAACCCAAGAAUGUGAAAGCACAAAAGUAACUGAAAUUAGUAAGCGGGAUCCAAGACUGAAGAGGCAUCUUCAAGAUAAGUCGGAGGGCAAGGAGGAGGAGGUGAAAGAAAAGAGGAGAAAUAUAGAGAAAAAAGAAAAAGAGGAGCAUAAGACAUGUGAACACCGGCCAGUAGGCAGCAGAAAUAAGGUAAUUAAUGGUGCUGUUCAGAAACAAGACACGACUACAGAAGAGUCAGAAAAACAGGGAGGAAAACAAGGAAGAUCAAGUAGUAGAAAACGGUCACGAUCACGCUCUCCUAAGUCACGGUCACCAUCCACACAUUCUCCAAAAAGACGAGAGAGGAGGUCACCCAAAAGAAGACUCAGGAGUUUAUCUCCCACUUCAUCAUCUCCUAAAAUUGGAAAGGUCCGUCAGAUAGGCCCUAAGCAGUCUCAUGUUGAAGAAGGCACGCAAGCCGCAAGAGAUGAAAGAAAUUCUAGUAAGAGAAACGUUAAACAGGAGGUGCGAGAUCCAAGGAGAGUGAAAAAAGCCCAAGAAGACAGGCCCCAAGAAACUGCAAGCCAGCAUUCUGCAAAAGCUGCUCCUGAUCCAAAGGAGAAUGCAGAAAACUGGCAAGGAUCCAAAUCAGGCAAGAGGUGGAAAUCUGGUUGGGAAGAAAAUAAAAACUCACAGCAGAGUGAAGAACACCAAGCACUCAGUAAAUCCCCUCACCAAAGACACCGGGAGAACUGGCCUGCUGGUAAAGGAGUUUUAUCACCUCGAACACCAAAGCAGCAGCACCGAUUGAGUGUGGACGCCAAUUUACAGAUUCCCAAAGAAUUGACAUCUGCAAGCAAAAGAGAACUACUGAAGAAGGCCAAUGAACGCUUAACUUCUGGCGAAAUAACACAAGAUGAGUUCCUCGUGGUAGCUCAUCAGAUCCGGCAGCUGUUCCAGUAUCAGGAAGGAAAGCACAGAUGUAAUGUCUGGGAUAGCCCUACAGAGGAAAAAUGUGGUUUGAAAAGGAAACCUCUUCUAUCGGAUGCAGAAUUAACGUACUAUGAACAUAAGGCCAAGCUAAAAAGAACGCAAGUUCAGCAUUCGUUGUCAAGGCUUGAUCUGUUGGAUCCUGAUGAUAUUUUGGAUUGUCAUUUACCUGAUGCAUUGCUUUCUGGAAUAGAAUGCGAGCAAGCAAAAGCCAAGCGCGGGGUACAGUUUGACAGAAAAGAACCAUUUGGAGAAAGAUCAAGGAGACACUCUCCUGUAAGUGGCACAAAUAGACCUUUUCCCGAUAACCUCUCACCACUUGAGAGUCGACGAAGACUUGAGGAACAAAAUGCUGCUAAAGGAGCAAGAGGUUCGAAGAACUUUGAUCCUUAUGACAGCUGGGGGGAGUCAGAUGAAUUUAGAGAUGCUCUCAGACAACAGGGGAAAAGCACAACUGAAUUCCAGAAAAUAGAUGGUGAGGCGGUCUGCAGAUUCGAUAAUCGCGAAGACAGACAGCUGCUUGGGCAAGCUGGUGUUAGAGAGGAACCAAGGUCACCAUUCAGUGAACGUUUCAAAAGAGCUCGGUAUGAGGAUCCAGAGAAAGCACCGUUUCCAGAAAAUCCAGGAUCAAGAUUUGGAGGCAUUGAAGCAAAGCAGAGGAUAAGUGCACUAAUGGAAGACAGACCUCUGUUUGAUGGCCCGCCUAGGCAGGCUGCUGCAAGGGUUGGGGUGGAUGGACAAGGAGGUCCAUUUGUUGAUGGUCCUGCUGCUGGUUCAAGUUCCAGAAUUGAUGGGCCACCUGGACAGUCUGCUCUGCGAUUUGAGGGGCCUUUGGUAGGGGCAGGUGCAUCUCAGUUUGAUGGACCCCUGGCAGGAGCUGGGGGAGCUGGAGCACUAAGAUUUGAUGGGCCACCAGGGCAGCUGGCAGGGACCCUGAGGUUUGAAGGACCCCCAGGGCAGGUUGGUGGAGGAGGCCCACUGAGGUUUGAGGGACCUCUUGGGCAGAUAGGUGGGCCUUUGAGGUUUGAGGGGCCUGCAGGUGGUCCUAGAUUUGAAGGACCUGGAGUUGGUCUCAGGUUUGAGGGUCCCCGUGGUCAGCCCUCAGGUGGUCUCAGGUUUGAGGGACCUCAUGGUCAACCCUUGGGGCCUCGAGGUCAACCAGGGGGUGGUCUCAGGUUUGAGGGACCCCAUGGUCAACCCUUGGGGCCUCAUGGUCAACCAGGGGGUUGCCUCAGGUUUGAGGGGCCACAUCUACAGCCAUUGGGACCCCAUGGUCAACCCGGAGGCAGCCUCAGAUUUGAGGGGCCACAUGGUCAGCCGAUGGGGCCACAUGGACCGUCAGGUGGUGGGCUCAGAUUUGAGGGGCCACAUGGACCAUCAGGUGGUGGGCUCAGAUUGGAAGGACCACAUGGUCAGCCAGGUGUAGGUCCUAGGUUGAUUGAUGGACCCGUACACCAGGGAGCUGGUGGACUCAGAUUUGACGGGCCUCUGGGUCGGGCCGGUCCGAGAUUUGAUGGUUGUCACGCAGCUGGAUUUGAUGGUCAGCCUGGACAGCUGUCUCUCUUACAAAGAUUUGAUGGAAUUCAUGGACAGCCUGGUCCAAGAUUUGAAAGGGUGCCUGGCCAGCAGGCACAACCGCGAUUCGAUACAGCCAUACCUCAGAGAUUUGAUGGACCUCACCAGCCAGCCUCUAGAUUUGACUUGCCCCUUGGCCUUCAAGGUGCACGUUUCGAAAAUGUAGCUAACCAUCCUGCCUCAAGACUAGAAAUGUCAGCGUACGGACAAGGCGGUCCGUUUGUUGAACAUCCCGGCCAGGGCUACAAUGGACCAUCUCAUGGGAUGCCCUUCCAGAGACCUGAUCUCUUUGAUGGACCAAAUUUCAAUGGGCCAGCUGGCCCUGGAGCACAGAAUUUCUCACUGAGAGCAGCUGGACAUUACUUUGAUGAAAAAGGUCUUCAGGGUCCUCAAUAUGGAAACUUCAGUAACAUGCCAAUGGGAAGUAAUCAGGUUUCUCUCAUGUCUGCUCAAGCAGGGCACUAUGGCCAAGGUCAACAAUUUUUGCCAAAUCCUGGAAGUUUCGCUCAGAACCCUGCAGGAGCCCUUCCACAUUCAUACCCUGAUAACCACCUUGGACAGGUUGAUGUCAAUGAAUUGUUUGCUAAACUGCUGAAAACAGGGAUCCUCAAACUGUCAAAAACUGAUUCUACUUCAGCACAAGUGAAUGAAACAUCAGCCCAGCCAGGUGCCGAAGAGGAAGACGAUGACCAGAAUGAAGAUCAGAAUGUUCCAGACCUCACUAACUUCAUAGUUGAAGAACUUAGACAGCGUUACGAUAGUGUUAUAAAUCGACUGUACACUGGAAUCCAGUGUUACUCGUGUGGAAUGAGAUUCACUACUUCACAGACAGAUGUUUAUGCGGAUCAUUUAGAUUGGCAUUAUCGUCAGAACCGGACAGAAAAAGACGUUAGCAGAAAAAUUACCCACAGAAGAUGGUACUACAGUUUAACAGACUGGAUUGAGUUUGAAGAAAUAGCCGAUCUCGAGGAGCGUGCAAAAAGCCAGUUUUUUGAAAAAGCUCAUGAGGAGGUUGUGUUGAAGACACAAGAAGCUGCAAAAGAGAAGGAGUUCCAGAGUGUCCCUGCUGGACCAGCUGGAGCAGUUGAGAGCUGUGAAAUUUGCCGAGAGCAAUUUGAACAGUAUUGGGAUGAGGAGGAGGAAGAGUGGCACCUGAAGAAUGCUAUCAGAGUAGAUGAAAAGAUUUACCAUCCAUCUUGCUAUGAAGAUUACCAAAACACAUCCUCAUUUGAUUGCACACCGUCUCCCAGCAAAACUCCAGUAGAAAAUCCACUAAAUAUAAUGUUGAACAUUGUUAAACAAGAAACACCAGAGUCCUGUGACUCACCUAAAGUCAAAGAAGAACCUGAUGACACCCCUGCUGCCUGUGCAGAAGUGAGCACACCUGCAUCUACAGAGAUAAAAACAGAACCAGAGGAGUCUGUUCAAAAAACCUGAAGUAUGAU